AUGCAAUUGAAACCGUCGAUCUAUUCUGUGCUGAAUCCGACAUUCGCGUUCGGAAUCUUUGCAGCAUGGCUGCUCGUGUCCACUCAAGCGGCUUCGCGAAACCCCUUCCUAACGCUGUCGGCCGACUCCCACGCCGAAUUCGGCAAUCUACGGUCGGUAGACGCCAAGCCGCCGGCCGUGCACGAUCAGCCGUUGAUCGGCAUCCUGUCGCAGCCAGGAGACGGCGAUGGGGGACGAGCGCCGCGAGUUAACUCCAAGGAAGACCUUAACGUGUCGUACAUCGCUGCUUCGUACGUCAAGUGGGUGGAGAGCGCGGGAGCAAGGCCAGUUCCCAUCCUCUAUGACGACCCUGAUUGGCUGAUGGAGAAGGUGUGUGCGCUUGCUCUUCAUAAGGCGUGUGUGCUUGCUCUUCAUAAGGCGUGUGUGCUUGCUCUUCGUAAAGCCAUCAACGGGCUGAUACUCCCGGGCGGGGGGACGGAUCUGGUUCCUGGGCCCUUUUUCUCUGCUGUGGAAAAGCUGCUCAAGAUGGCCCUGGCAGCCAACGAUGCAGGAGACUACUUCCCCGUGCAGGGCACGUGCAUGGGCAUGGAAACACUCACAAUAUUCUUCAGCCAGGAUUUUGAUAUUCUCGAGACCAAGGCGUUCAAUGCAGAGGACAGCCCUGAAGCGCUAAAAUUCACCAGUGAAGAGGCCAAGAGGCGAGCCUACUUCAGCUGGAUGACUCCCGACCUGCUGGAUCGCAUUCAGAAAGAGAAGAUCACCAUGGAGAAUCACGAGUCUCCAGCCAAUCCUUGCAGCAAGGUCCCAUCUCAUCUCUCAUGCAGCAAGGUCCCAUCUCAUCUCUCAUGCAGCAAGGUCGCAUCUCAUCUCUCAUGCAGCAAGGUCGCAUCUCAUCUCUCAUCCAGCAAGGUCCCAUCUCAUCAAGGUCCCAUCUCAUCUCUCAUGCAGCAAGGUCGCAUCUCAUCUCUCAUGCAGCAAGGUCGCAUCUCAUCUCUCAUGCAGCAAGGUCCCAUCUCAUCUCUCAUGCAGCAAGGUCCCAUCUCAUCUCUCAUGCAGCAAGGUCCCAUCUCAUCUCUCAUGCAGCAAGGUCCCAUCUCUCAUUUCUGGCAUCUCUCUGUCGCUCCCCUCGUUAAUAACUGCCACUUCACCGAUUCAAUCACAUCUGUUCCGCUGUAUAACGCACAGGAUGGCACCACAGUGGGUCGCUUCCUCUCCAACAAGCGUCUCAAGGAGUUCUUCCACAUUCUAACAACCUCGGUCGAUAGAAACGGCACUGAAUACGUGACAACGAUAGAGGCGCGUGACUAUCCUAUCUAUGGCACGCAGUGGCAUCCAGAGCAUUUGAGUGGGGGCUUCCGCACAUUCCCCAUUCAACACAUGCAGUGGCUGCUUGCCAAGCCACCGCUGAUUUCCCCCCUUCCCCCUCUUCUUCACCCCCCUUGCUUGAAACAGAAAACAGCAUUUGAGUGGGGGCUUCCGCACAUUCCCCAUUCAGCACAUGCAGUGGCGGUCUGCCAAGCCACUGCUAACUUCUUUGUUAAUGAAGCCCGUCGCUCCACACAUCGGCCCGAGUCUGAUGAGGAAAUGGAUGAGAUGCUCAUUUACAACUAUGCUCCAAUAUUCUCUGGCAAGAAUGGAAGAGGGUUCUUUGAGCAGUCUUAUGUCUUCAGCAAGAACCAAGAAGUCGGUGCUCUCCAUAAAGUGAAGUAG